AUGGAUGAACAACUUUUAUCCAAAGGGAAUGUUUCAGUGCAGAUCAGUGACAAGCUUGAAGUCACAUUCUACAAGGCUGCUGUGGAUGAAGCCUUCCAGAGUAAGACUGGACACCUGGACCUUUUCCUCCGCUUCCUUCUGGGUCUCUCACUGGAGUCAAAUCAGAAGCAUUUAAGGGGUCUACUUACAAAGACUAGAAGCAGCUCACAGAGCCAUGAAGAAACAGUCAAGUACAUCAAGAAGAAGAUCAGAGAGAAUCCCUCUUCAGAGAGGUGCAUCAAUCUGUUCCACUGUCUGAAUGAACUGAAUGACCAUUCUCUAGUAGAUGACAUCCAAAGAUACCUGAGUUCAGGAAGUCUCUCCAGAGAAGAACUGUCACCUGCACAGUGGUCAGCUCUGGUCUUUGUGUUACUGACUUCAGAAGAGGAGAUUGAUGUGUUUGACCUGAAGAAAUACUGUACAUCAGAGAAAGGUCUUCUGGGGUUGCUGCCUGUGAUCAAAACCUGUAGAACUGCUCUACUGUCAGGUUGUGGAAUCACUGAGGAAGGCUGUGCUUCUCUGGUCUCAGCUCUGAAGUCAAACCCCUCACACCUGAAGGAACUGGAUCUGAGUUACAAUGAACUGAAGGAUUUAGGAGUGGUGGAGCUCUCUGCUCUGCUGAAGGAUCCACAAUGUAGACUGGAGACUCUGAAGCUGUCAGGCUGUCUGGUCACAGAGGAAGGCUGUGCUUCUCUGGUCUCAGCUCUGAAGUCAAACCCCUCACACCUGAAAGAGCUGGAUCUGAGCUACAAUCAUCCAGGAGACUUGGGAGUCAGACUACUCUCUGCUGGACUGGAGGAUCCACACUGGAGACUGGAGAAACUCAAGUAGGUCCUGUAGAUGGUUUCUCUAUCAGUAAU